GGACAACAUAAUCCAGCUAAAACCAAAAAGCAAGGCUGGUUUUAUGGAAGCAGAUUAGUCUGGUUUGCACUUUGAAUAACUGUGAAGAUGCAUUUUGAUCUGUGUUUUAUCUGGGUGCUCUCUAAAUUCGUUAUUUUUGUCGGUUGUAUCUGCAGGAAAACAACUUGUUGAGAUGCUGAGAAAAAAAAAAGUGAUCAUAAGAAGGCAGCAAAGAAUGCGAAAUGGCAAAGCAGUAUGUCACGGACAUUGACAUUGAACUCUUGUUUGUUCAGCACGUCCAAAAGUGGAUUAUCCGCUCUGUCGCAGGCUUGCAGGGUUGCAGGGCUCUGUGUACCGGAGGUUGGCAGAUUUCAGGUCUCGUGGUCGUAAAUGGCACGAGACCACAGCAGGCACACUCGCUCCGUUCCGAGCGUUUCUCUUCAGACGUUCUUGAUUACAUUUUGUCAAACUUGUUAAAAGGUUAUCUUCGAACAUUCCCAAAAGACACGGAAAGUCGACCUUAUUGAUUUGAAGCGGUCUGCGGACAUUUAUAAUGAGUUUGUCUGCAAAUCUUGACAGCUUGGCAGUCGCUGGUCAAAAAGAGCUGAUGUAAGCGACUGAGGUGAAGACGAGACGAUGUGGAGGCUGAGCAUGUGAUGCAGGUGGUGCAACGGGACAUGGAGCUGCGCAAAACGGAGGAGAAGCGGCUCAAAUACUGGUGUGUCAGAUGACUUAGUAAAAAAUAUUGGCAUUGGUUGACCCCCUGUUCAUCACACCUGCGCCCAGUCUGGCUAUCUGGCAUGAGUCACUAGUAGAGCUUCGCUUGGAUCUGCACCUACUGGCACAAGACGCCUCUGCUGUUCUCUGCCAAAGACUUGCUUUGUAAACAACAGACCAUGUUUCUGAGAACUCGGUGGAAAUGGCCUGCUGAGUAUCCAAUUAUAAGUUCAUUGGAGAGACCCCUGAUGGGAUAUCAUCACUGUGGGUGACUGUAGGAACAUGAAAUUGAUCCUGCUCAGUGAGAUGAAGAAGGCACUGGUUGAGGAGGGCAGUCGGUCUGUUUUGCUGUCGCGGCAGCACAGGUUUAAUGAGCGCUGCUGCAUCCUCUGCUGCUCUCCCUUCACCUUUCUGCUCAACCCUAAACGUUCCUGCCUGGACUGUUGCUACAACCUCUGCAAGGGCUGUUGCACAUACAGUAAAAAGGACAAAGGUUGGCUGUGCUCCGUUUGCCAGAAGACCAGGCUACUGAAGACCCAGUCACUUGAAUGGUUCUACUAUAAUGUGAGAAGGAGAUUUAAAAGGUUUGGCAGUGCCAAAGUGUUAAAGAACCUCUACAGGAGGCAUGCGGCCGAGCAUGGAGUGCUAGCAGAGCUUACAGCAACAGAGGGCAGCACUUAUGAGGAGAGUAGUAUGUAUGAGAGCGACUCCACAUUCUUCAGGCAAAGUGAAGAGCACAGCAUGGCUGAGACUAUUAAUGUGGCACUGCGGGUGGCAGAAGAGGCCAUAGAUGAGGCCAUUGCUAAGGCUGUGAGCCAGACUGACAGUCAAGAGAAGCAGAACGAAGCUCAUUAUUUGCUAGAGAACAGAGAAGAGCUGAUAGAGGAAUUGGGCAAAACUAUUGUAAAGAAAAUUGUCCGCCGGAAAAAGGAUCCAUCUGAGGUGAAGUCUGGAUGUAAUCUGGACCAGAACAGUGAAGGAAUCUCUCCUGAUCAAACCCAGAGUGCCUUUGAUGCUUCUCUUUGGAGGUCUCACUCAGCUUUCUGUCUCUUGACUGAUGAGAAAACAGACCAGCAUGCUAACAUUGGGUCAAGACUUUCAUCCUCUAUAAGUCAUACUCUAGAAAUGAAGAAGGAAGAACCAAUGCCUGUCCAGGCCAUGCCUAGCUGGAGGAGUGUCGACCGAUUGGACAAUUCCAUGUUACAGAGUCCUGAUGGUAACUGGAUUGCUUAUCAGAGCAACCUGCUCUCUCGACCAGGCCUUUUAACUAAGCGCAAAAGUCUGGUGUACAGUGUCUUGGAAAGAGAGUCUGGCGUGGUGUCAGCUUACGAUGAGAUGGGCUCAGAAACAGAGCAGGAAGCUAAUGGGGUCUGGGGCGCUGCACUGGAAGAGUUUCAGCGUAAAAUGUCUGCCAAUAAGCAGUUGAGUUACUCAGAGUCCUACAGCCGUCAAGCAACCUUGCCUUUGAAUGCACAAGCACAACAUUUCACUGAACAUACCUUGAAUGCUGACACUGAGGACUCCGCAGGACAAGAUGGGCCACUACACCAGUCCCAGAAAACUCUGCUGCCCUUCUUGAAAAGAAAAGUGCCACUAGAACACAGGCGACCCUCAUCCGCCCGCCACCCAUACAACAUGGAUAUAAAUUUCAAUCCAGGAGGGGCUGAAAGCAGCGAGGAUGGCCUAGAGGAAAGCAGGGUCAAGAGGUCACGGCGAAGAAGGAAAAAUAAGAGAGAGGAGGCAGAGUGGAAAGGACAGUCGGUAUUAUCUUCGGCUGUUCCAGAUUUCAGUAACCACCUCUCAGAUGCUCCGGUGAAGAGAUGCUAUGUGAAACAAGACUUGCAUGGAAAAAGACCGUGUGAUCAUGGUCUGGAAGCAGACACUUCAGACACUGCUACUCCUGACAUCUUGAGCUCUGGAGCCUUGACCCCUGAUCCAUUUGGACUUGGUCUCAAUGCUCCCAGCAAUUCCAAUCAUGGGGCCCUUGGUGUAGUUGGAUCUUUAGAUCAGGAGUUUACUACCAAACUGAAAGAACUGACCAGUCAAGUCAGAGAAACGCAAAUUUCUUCCACUGAGGAUGAACUAGACAGGUGUGAGUAUCAAAUGGGGAAUGGAGAAAGUUUAACAAAAAAAAAAGUGGGAGAUGUUGCAUUGACGAUUGAGGCUGAUUCAAAAGAAAGAUCAGAUGGAAUUAAAUCCACAAAUCAAGUGAGAUCAACUGAGAUGGUGAAAGAAGACAAUCUGACUUCCAAACUGAGAGAGUUUACCAGUCAGGUCAGUGAGACACUACUUUCUUCUACUGAAGAUGAACUGGACAGGUGUGAGUAUCAAACUGAAACCAAGGGUAUAAAUCAGUCAAUAAGAACUGAGGUGCUGGAGGUAGAUGACAGGACAGAUGGAAACAAAAUGAUACAAUAUGAUGAGAAAACCCAAAACUAUGUAGAGAUGGUUGAAAAAGCAGAAGAAGAGAGAUCAGAGAAAACUCUGGCAAAGCAGGGUAUUAGUGAGCAAAAUGACACGGGUGACACUCAAAUGUCAGAAGAAAUAAGCUCUGUGAGCCAAAAACAGACACUUGAUAAGACAGAUGCACAAACAAGAGAGGAGAUGAACAAGGGAGAAGUUCAGACUGAAGAGAAAAAUGCAGAAAUAAAAGAUUGUGGAAGUGCAGUUGAAGGUCAGCAGAGCAGAGCUGAGAAUACAGUGACGGUUGAUAACAUUGAAGAGCAGGAGGUGUUAUCCUGUGAACUGGCUUUGAGUAGAUUGAUAAGUGAAGAUGGAAACAUGGAAUUUGAUAGGAUCAUCAAUACUGUAGUGAAGGCUUUGGAUGAUAUGGAAGAACAUAUAGAAGCUUACACUAGUGAGGGGGUAUAUUUAGACAGAGAGAGAAGUGAGGGAGAGAAACAUGAGAUGAUGGAAGAGAAGGAGAAUAUAACUGAACAGGAAACGGAUGACAACAUAAUAUCUGAGGGAUGGUUUGUUGGUGGAAAAUCGAAGGUGGUGCAGGAAAAAGAAAAGAAGGAAGAGGGCAAGAUCAAUGAAGUCGUGGCCCUAAAGAGCAACACUGAAGAUACUGAGGAAACAGAAGACAAACAAUGCAGCAAAUCAUCAGAAGAGAGAGUUCAAGAGAAGAACGACAAUAGUCAAGGUGACUUGAUUGAAAACAGGGAGGAACAGAGGGACCCCACAAUUCAACACAGCGCCUCAUCUGGUCAGGAGGAGUAUCUGUCACCGGAGGAGAUUUACAAGGACGCACACAUGCUGGACAUAGAGAAAAACCUACAUUUAAUCUCCAAUAUACUACAGCAGAAGUACUCAGCAGCAUCACUGCGCAGCAUCACCACAGAGGUGCUAAAAGUACUGAACGCUACUGAGGAUCUGAUUCACGGAUCUAUGGGAGAUGGACGAUGCCAGUCAGACCACAGUGACGUCUCGAUCAUUCCCCCUGACGAGGCCAAAAGACUGGACGAGCAGCUCGGCAGACUGGAGGAGAAUGUGUAUGUGGCAGCAGGGACAGUGUACGGGCUUGAGGCUGAACUGGGGGAUCUGGAGGAGUGUGCGCGCUGCAUCAGUGGAUCCACCAGUGAAAGAGAGCUCGCUCAUCUGGAGGACCAGGUGGCCUCUGCAGCAGCCCAGGUGCAGCAGUCUGAGCUCCAGGUUUUAGAUAUUUCCUCAAGAAUUGCUGCUCUGAAAAAUGCAGGUCUUAAAUUAACUCCACAGACCCAAUUCACCAAGGUCAAGACUCCGAAAACCAAGGUGUUGUCUUCAUAUUUUAAGUAGAUUCAUACACACAUU